UGGGGUGCAUGUCAAGUCAUAUGUGAAGGCCAUUGAUCACAUGCUUACAGUAACACAACCCUCACGUGUGAGCUCAAAGGACGCCCCCCUCUUCACAACUUUUAUCUACCAAUGAUCUGAGUUUUAAAACGAAUAAUUGGACAACGUCUUCAGGAGUAAGGCUUUAUUUUGGAUCCUAUCACAGGGACCCAAAUCGAGAUGGCCACACCAUCACCAUCAUCAGCAUCACCACCAGAACCACCCCUGGGCAGCACAGCACCACCAGAACCACCCCUGGACAGCACAGCUGAGGAUGAUGCAUUGGUGUUGCAGAAUUUCCUGGUGUGCCAAAUCUGCCAGGAGACAUUCAGAAACCCAGUGUCUCUAGCAUGUAACCACAGCUUUUGCAAGACGUGUCUGUUUAAUUCCUGGGGCAAAGAUGAAGACAGGAUGUGUCCGGUGUGUGAAACAGCACUGGAGGAGGAUGAAGAAGAACCGGAGAUCAACUUAACCCUGCAGAGAAUCACCGACGAGUUUCUCGGGAACGUGCAGCAGGACGGCGAAAGUCCGCCACAGACUGUGCAAGUAAUUUGCAACCAACAACACAAAUUGAAGCCGACGUGGUAUUGCAAAGAUGAUGAUAGGGUGAUAUGUGAGAGUUGUGAGAGUAUCCACAACCAUUCUGGGCACAACACAAUUCUUAUAGAAGACAUGGUGAGAAAUAUAAAGGACACAGUAUCCACGCGUCUGGAUGAAAUCCAGACACAGUUAACGCUGAGCAGAGAUGUUGAGGAGAGCUAUCUGCUUAUGUCCGCGCAACUAGAGAGCGAGAGUGAACAGGCUGAGCAGGAAAUCAGAGAAGAGUUUGAGCAGCUCCAUGACUUCCUACGAAUUUUCGAGGAGGCUCGGAAGGAGGCCGUGAAGGAGGAGGUGGAGGAGAAGAAGAAGAUCAUUCAGAGAGAGUUGAAGAUUGCUGAGGGCCACGUUCUUGUUCUGGCUAAGGCCAUAGCUCGUGUGCAGAGGGAUCUCGAACAAGACGACCAUACAUUUUUGAAGGACUCCAAUAUCAUAAAAGCAAGAGUCCAGUGCAAACUGCCAAAGCCACAGGUGAUGCGAGGUGCUGUGUUUGACUUAGCCAAACACACGGGUAACCUCAGAUUCCAAAUCUGGGAUGAGAUCAAGGGCACAGUGACAUAUUUCCCUGUGCUCCUUGACCAAAACACAGCAGACGGCUGGCUGGAUAUCUCUGACGAUUGGACCCUUUUUAGGGAGAUCAGGGACAAAAAGCCAGUGGCAGAUAACCCAGAACGCUUCACCAAGUACAUCUACGUGCUGGGCACACAAGGCUUCUCCUCUGGCCAACACGGCUGGGAGGUGGUCGUUGGGAGACGCAGGAAAUGGAGCGUCGGGGUGGCCGCAGAAUCUGUGGAGAGGAAAGACGAAACAUUUCUGGAGCCAAGGUUUGGAUUUUGGACAGUCUGGAUGGACGAGGAGAAUUGCACUGUGGGUGGAUUAACAUUUCCUAUUGAGAAGAAACCACAGAGGAUCAGAAUCCAGCUGGACUAUGAAGAAGGACGUUUGGCCUUCUACGACUCUCAUGACAAGAGCCACAUCUACACAUACAAAACCGACUUUGAAGACGAGACGGUGUACCCAUUCUUCAGCACCGAAACUGAAGAUAGUGAAAUCGGCAUCACACUUAAGCCAUUCGAUCUGUCCAUAGCUGCAAGCCCAACAUCAUGGCCAGAGUUUCAAUUUCCAGUUGGGACCCAAAAUCCAAAUCCCCCUAGUGAAAAAACACCUAGUGAAAAUUCUUCAAGUGAAAAAACACCUAGUGAAAAUUCUUCAAGUGAAAAUCCCGCUUGUGAAAAUUCUGCAAGUGAAAAUUCUUCUAGUGAAAAUGCUCCAAAUGAAAAUUCGAAGGAAUGAAUGUUGAAAACAAAUCACCACUGCUGUAGUUUAAAUUGUGAGCUUUUCUUCACCAUCUAGUGGCUUGGUGGCCACAAGUGGCUGCCUGCCUAGCCUGGUGACAAGAUGUGUCUCUGGGGGUAGGCAAUUAGGUUUGGAUGCGGGAUUAUUAUUUUUUUCCUGACAAGGGCAUCACAGGCCGGCCAUGGCCAUGGUUUUCUACUAGUUAAAAAGUUGUUCUAUUUCUUUGUAUAAUGUUAGGAAUACAUGUUUUUUUUUUACAUGCAUGCAAUUAUCAUGUAAUUUGAUUUUAAUUCAAAACAUUGAUUUUCUUCUAUGCACUGAUAAUAUGACUGCUGCAUCUUCUGGCAUCUCUCUCAUGAAAAGGGCGACCUGCCUUAGUAACCUAUAUGUAGGCUAUACAUGGGUUCUGAAUUGUGUUUAUAACCUGACUGCGCGAACCAAGCUGCACAACUCAACCUCUGAUUGUUGGAAACCACUGUCGGUCAAAAAAUGUGCUCGCAUGGUUGGCUGCCAGUGUCUUGCCCCUCCUCAUAACAUCUCGUUGAUAAACACUGAUACCAUGUGUGAUACUGAACCAUGUAUACAAUUGCCUGUUAUUUAUUGUUUAUUGUUAUGACACGUUUCAAUAGCUGAAGAUUGCUAACUAUCAAUGCAAAUUUUCUUUGUCAAAAGCCAUGGCACCAAAUAAAAAGUUGAUUACGAAUGCAGGACAAACAAAGAAGCAUAGAACUAAUUCUGUCUGCAUUUUUUGACUGCACUCACUGCACUGCACUGCUAUUUGCUGCAUCUGCGGGUUGAAUGUAAUUGAUGGUGAGCCAGAUUUGGCCCGCGGGCCACUAAUUGCAUACCCGGCCUGCUCUACAUGAUAUAGUGCUGCCUACAAAUGUCUUAGAGGUACAGGGUAUUAUCUUUGUAGUUUAUUUGCAAAACUUGUGCUCAAAUUUGAUAUUUUGAAUGUUCUUUUCUGGUUCCACUAGUGUGUGUUUUUUCAAAAUAGGCCUGUCUAUGAUGUCUGUGCGUGGUAAUUACAAAUAACUGUUAAUUAGCAAGCCGCAAUGAAACCUUAGAAAUUGUUGGUUGAUGGUAGAAAAUAAAAUAUUCCUGACAAAGAUUAAAUUUGUGAAUGGGCUGCAUAAAUUCUGACAUAUGCCUACUGCUAAAAUUUACACACUCCACCUGUAACACUGACAUUUGUUGCCUUAGGAAACAUGUAGGUUUGAAAACAAAUUUUGCCUACUUAAGUGUUUGUAUCUGAAGUCAUCAGCAUUCUAACGAAAUUUGAUUAUUCGAAUUAGAAUUAGGCCUAUAUGAUAAUAUAAGUAUAAUAAAAAC